GUUUCCAUUAGGUCAAAGGAGCUGCCGCCUGCAAUAUUAUAGUAGUAAGAAACAAAAAAGGAAAAAAAAAUGGGUGCUCACUCGUGCUUGCUGGCGGUGGCUUUACUGCUCGUGGUGGCGUUUGCUGGGAAAUCAUCGGCUCAGCUCUCCACCAACUUCUACUCUAAGAGCUGCCCCAAGCUGCUGACGACGGUGAGGUCCGCCGUGAAGUCGGCCGUCUCCAGAGAACGACGGAUGGCUGCCUCUCUCCUCCGCUUGCACUUCCACGACUGCUUUGUCAACGGUUGUGACGGAUCGAUACUACUGGACGACACGCCGACCUUCACCGGAGAACAAACUGCCCGUCCCAACAAUAGAUCCGUGCGAGGCUUUGAGGUUAUCGACGACAUCAAAUCCAAGGUCGAGAAAGUCUGCCCUGGCAUCGUCUCCUGCGCCGACAUCCUCGCCAUCGCUGCUCGCGACUCCACUGUCCUCGUAUGUCGACCUCCUAUUCGUUCCUACAUAAAACAACAGAUUCCUAAAGUCUGUGUUGAUUUGUAUCAAUCAGGCUUGCAGGUUAAGGGGCCAAACUGGAAAGUGAGACUAGGAAGAAGGGAUUCAAAGACAGCCAGCUUGGCCGCCGCCAACAGUGGCGUCAUCCCUCCCCCGACCGCCACCCUCAAUGAGCUCAUCACUCGCUUCCAGGCCAGAGGCCUCUCUGCCAAGGACAUGGUUGCUCUAUCUGGUUCCCACACCAUAGGGCAGGCCAGGUGCGUGACAUUCAGGGCCCGGAUCUACAACGAGACCAACAUCAACUCCAAUUUCGCUAGAACGAGACAAGAGCGGUGCCCCAGCGCCGCGAACUCAGGGGACGACCGGCUGGCCCCUCUGGACGUGAAGACGGCGGCGUUUUUCGACAACAAAUACUACAAGAACCUCGUCAAGCAAAAGGGUCUUCUCCACUCCGACCAGAUCCUGUUCGACGGCGGGUCGGCCGAUUCCUUGGUUAGAUCCUACAGCAAGAACCCCAAGGCGUUUGCGGCCGACUUUGCGGCGGCGAUGAUCAAGAUGGGGAACAUCGAUCCCCUCACUGGGUCUCAGGGCGAGAUUAGGAAGAAAUGUGGCAGACCCAAUUCGUCGUCGUAAUCACUGGUCGAUGAUCAUUAUAUAUAUUGAGUAUUGUAGACUUGUAGUAGGAGUGUGUCGUUUCGUUUGUUUCUCAAAGUCGUCCCCAGUUGGGUAAAGUUAUUGCCCAAUUUCCAAUUAAUUUUUGUAUGAAUUGAUAAUAAUAUGUCGCAUCUCCCAACAUCCCCGAUUUCGUCGGUAUGAAAGUAAUCAGGG